CAAAAAUCAAAACCUCUUUAGUUCUCACGGUUUCCAUAUAUUUUUGGGAAAUCUAUCUAUAUAUCUAUCUAAUCUAUUAGAAAUUCUGAGCUGUUCGAUCUGCAAUCUCGGGUGUAUCGGGUCCAUCUGUGCUCACUGGAUUUCUGCUUCAUUGAUGGACUGACGCUUACUUCGAAGACGAUGAAGUAUGGAGCUUUUAUCGGUUUCAUCAUCAAUGGCGUCGUUUUCGUAGAGAUCUUCUUCUGUGUCUACUAGGUUCGAAGCGAGAGCUCGAAAGAGAGGGUUUUGAUUGCCUGCGGAGAUGCAGGCGCUGGACUCCGAAACCGCGUCGACGAUAGAUCUCCAGGCUCCUGCGGUACCAACAGCUGAUACGCGAGGCAAGCAUCGGAUUCUCGCAGAAUUGAAGCGCCUGGAGCAGGAAACUAGAUUCUUAGAGGAAGAACUGGAAGAGCUUGAGAAAACGGAUAAAGUGUCAGCUGCAUGCGAGGAAUUGCUGACAAAUAUUGAAACUCGACCGGAUCCACUACUUCCAGUAACAAAUGGCCCCACCAACCCAUCUUGGGAUCGAUGGUUUGAAGGUCCACAAGAUUCUAAAGGUUGCAGAUGCUGGAUACUCUGAUCACUGUCCAUCUGCAGAUUUGCAUUUGUUUGUCAUUUGUUGUCAGAGGCUUAAAGAUAUGUUUAUUUACAAAUGUUACAAACACCUGUUAUUUUUAAAAAAAUCUUAGAUGAAAUAGAAAUGCUCGAUUGUGCACAAAAA